AUUAAGCGUCUCAAUCUCUCGUUUCCUACGACGUGCAACAUGAGCCGCUUUCAUACGUGGAACAUCGCGAUUGUAGCUGGCGUCAUCAUGUUAGAAUGUGGCGGCUUUUCACAGGGUCACCAGUGCUGGCCUGAAGUACCUGUUAACGAUACAGACUGCAAAGCUUUCAGGGACUUCUGCUACAUCUUCGAAAUGUACCCUCACAACCGCACGGUGGUGCUGGUGCUGGAUAUAAGGCGCCAUGUCCCAGACCUGCUUGUGCGCAUGCGCAGUGCCGACUGCGACUUCCACUGCGGCGAAGCCUCAUCUGCACCCUGCAACGUCACCGUACAGGCCACCAACGAGCCCACCCGUGUCGGGUAUCAUGAAAAGAAUUUUGUGCAGCAGUACUACGCGUUCCAGAUCAUUACUGGCAACAGCUUUUGCGCAACGGUGUCGCUAAGCAGAUGCAACAAAUUCCUCAAUGUGAUCCACACCAUUACUGAUGAAUUUAGAGAGGACGGGGACUCCCCGCCAGUGCUGAUGCCGGACAGGAGACAGCCCAUUGCACUGAUCAUUCUCUGCGUGUCAUUGGCCAUCACUACGAUCCUCGCAAUGGCUGCCUACUGCAUCAAAACACGGCUGCUGUGCAGCCUGUGUUUGGGAGGAACAGUCCCCCUGGAGCAGAAAUCGUCGGACACGUCGUGUCAGCUGCUGCAAGCCGCUCCCCCAACGUCCGCCAUCCUCCUCCUGUACUCCCGGGACAGCGACGCCUUCGUGCGGCUCAUGGAGGCCUUCCGGAAGCUGCUGACCGCCCUCACCGGCCUCGAGGUGCUGGACCCGCUGGACAGCAGGCGGCUGGAGGAGGUGUUCCCCGCGCCGGUGGGCUGGCUGUGGCGGCAGCUGCGGCGGCAGGACGUCAAGGUGGUGGUGGUGGUGUCUGCGGGCGCGCUGGCCCGCCAGCGGCGGCUACUCAGGCAGCGAACCCAGGACCCCGCAGCAGCAGCCGCAGCCGCGCCGCACCCGCUCGACUCCCUCUUCACGCUCGCGCUGCGUGACAUGCAGGACGAUUGCCGGCUCGGAGGAGACUACAGGAGGGUCUACAAAGUCAGGUUUGAGGACGUCACGACGACAACUGAAACUCUAUCUCACAUUGUCCCUAUGCGAGAAUUUUGUCUAAUGAGACACAUUGGUCGUCUCGUCCAUGAAAUAAGAGGGGAGAUAUAUCCACCAGAUGCCGAUGAUGUCACCCAUAGUCAGGAGCUGCUGACAAAUGUUCCUGAAGUGGACAGCCUGUUCAUGAUACUACAGGAGAUAACAGGAUGACAGGAAGUCAACAGCAUAGCUUCAUUCAAAGAGUAUUCCAUAUCUGGUGCUCAGUAACUUUCCUUUGCUGGGAGACAAAUGGUGGUAACACAUCAGUUAAUUGUAUAAAGCCCCUUAGACAUUUUGUAUUUAUGUUAAAGUCUUAAUGCAAUCUAGAGUUAUCCACUAAUUUUACAACAUAUAUGAUGUUGUUCUAAUGUAACAUAAUACAUUAUUACUUGACUGAAGAUGGCAUCAGUGUCCAAGAGUGGCUUCCUUGCUGAAAUUAAAUAUGGCUCAGGGUGGUCUCUCUGUUAAAACUGAAGUUAAUUCCGGAUUAUUGGUAUUGAUACUUUUUGGUGUUAGUGCACUCUUCCAAAUAACAUUUUCAUUUAACACUGAGACAUUUGUAUCUCCACAAUGUCAUAAUGAUCAAAGUGUAAAUGCACAGUAUCUUAUUGUUCUAAGAGCUUACAAGCAGAGACUGCCCUGAAGUGAUCAACUGAGCUGGUGGAAUACCUGUAAUGAAUGCCUUUGGUGUGAAUUUUAUGGUGUGAAUAAAUUACAAUUCCUUCUAGAAACAUCCAGAACAUUCUGUAAGCCAAAUUAACUACAAGGUCAUUUCCACUUUUGAGAAUAAAAACAGAUUUGAAUAAAGUUAUAUUUUUUGUGAAACAAAAAAUUUUAGAGAUAUGGUAAAAACAAAAGAUGUUCAUGUGAUUAUGAAAAUAAAUUAACUAUUUUCCCAAAAUAUACCAAGUCACAAGCUUCACAUAAUUAAUCAAAUGGUAUGGGAUCUGUUAUGAAUGAUGUUACAUCAAUUUUAUGACACAGAAAUAAAAACUAGAUUGUAUUUUGUACUUUUUUGUGACAUUUAUAGGAAGAUCAAUUUUCAUAGGUCAAUUGUUGUGUGUUGGACCAACUCUGAAUAGUACAGAAAAAUAAGCUGAAAAAUAAAGAGGUAUUGGAAGGUUCCAUAAUCUGAAGAAGUUACUUUUGAUAUUGGUUUGUAAUAACUGGAAGAUCUUGUGUCAUUUGGAUAGUCUGUGCAGUGGUACCAUAAUGAAAGUUCCACUCUUGGCCCUCAGUAACUACUAAGUGUAGUUUGUGCAUUAUUUUGGCCCCAUGCUCCAUGAAUCACUAUUUUCUAAAACCAUACAUGUCUCAAGAUGUGAAGAAGAGCUGAAUCCUUAACUUUUCUUGGUGUUUCAGAUAUUAUGUACUAUGGAAAUAAUAAUUAUAUGCUAAGGGUACAGAUACAUUGGUUAAUAUUUCAGAUGUUUCACAAAACACCUGUACCCUUAGCAGUUAGUAUAAUUGAGUAAUCUUUCAUAAUUGGCAGUCAGCAAAGUUUAAGCAGCAUUAUUAUCAUUAGUUAAGAUGAUUCUGGGUUUGUUGGGGUUGGAUUUUUAUGUCUGAGGUGCUCCUGGGGUGUCAUACAGUGAUGAAAGACACCUUUUAAAUGAGUUUCAAUCAUCACAAGUAGAUGCUCAGGGUCUGCAGCACUGUGCAUCGCACAGUGGAACUGCUCCCUGGUGAAGAUCCUGGAUUUUUGUCAAUAUAAAUCUAAAAUGUAGAUCAAAGAAAAGAGAAGUAUCUAAUGAGAUAAAUCUUUCAGACGAGGUGUUCUUGUGAAACAACUAAGUUGUAAAUUGAGUUUGAGUUGUUGUCUGGUCAAUAAACCAGAUUGUAUACAGAGUAAGUAGCCUGUUCUUAUUCAUAGUAGAAGUAGCUUUACAGGAAGAACAGCUGAAAGAUGUGGAGGUUAUGUCUGGUAUACAGCAAAAGUAUACUUCAAGAUGGCAGAAACCCUCACAGCACAUACACACACGAUCCUGAGCAUCUACUUUUCAUGUACUUCCAUUUGAACUUUGAUUUCUACCUGUCAGCUAUAGAGUUUUGUCCAUUAACUAUUGCAAUUUAGAACUGUUUUUCCACUUAUCAUUUGUAAAUAUUUGUUUCGUUAUAAUAUUGUAGGUAUAUAAUUCAUGACAUACACAUUUAUUUAGAAUUGAGUUAUGUAUAUGACAUCUCAUUAAUGAAACCUAAAGUACUCAUUUUGUAAACAGAAUAAAAUUUUACAGUUUAUUAGACUUUUAAUGUAAUUCAUUGUAGCUAUUUCACUAACUAAAUUACAAACUUGUCACAUAAAAUGAUAUCAUCCACAUUGUCUGCAUCCCAGUAAAUAAAUGUGCUGUACUUUUUUUAAAAAUCUGUAAGCAUGAAAUAUGAACAUUUAGUAUUUAGAGCAAACACUGAACUGGUGAAUGAAAAUGUAAGAACUUAAGAAACAAAUCAUAUCUUAGUUGUUCUCCUAAGUUUCAGAAUAGAAAAUAAAUUAUGGUAUACUAAAAAUGACUGAAACAUUUUGGUGCAAACCAUUGUAUGAAUGAGACAGCAGAACAGAGAAUGCACAACACAGUAGGAAAAAAUGUUAUGUGGCCCAAACAAUUUGUAGAUAAAUACCUGCUAGACCGCCUACUUACUAAAGUUUAUUUUGGCUGUGAAAUCAUUAUAAGAUAUGUACUUAGAAAGCUGUUGUUUUGUUUUUGUUUUUUAAAGAUAACGCUAUAGACAA